AUGCUGCUGCAGCUAGACGGAGCAGCAGCAGCAGCAGCAGCAGUAGCUGAUGAUGAUCAGGAAGCAGGGGGUAACGAUGCACAGCAGCAAGAGCAGCAACAAGAGCAGCAGGAGCAGCAGCAGCAGGAGCAGCAGCAGCAGAUGAUGAUUGAGGAUGUAACAUCAACAGGAGCAGUAAUAACAAUACCUCAUGAGCUUGUUGCUCCUGCUGCUGCUGCUGCUCCUGCUGCUGCUGCUGCUGCUGCUGCUGCUGCUGCUGCUGUUAGGCCAUCAAGCGGUGUAGAGGGUACAUUGCCUAUGGUGGUAUCUAAGACACCUGGUGCAAUAAGCAGCAGAUGCAGCAGCAGGUGCAGCAGCAGCAGCAGCAGCAGCAGCAACAAUAAUAAUAAUAGUCCUUCUUCUUCUCAUGGUCAAGGAUUAAUAUGUGGUGGUUUGCUGCUGCCUGCUGUAACAGCAUUAGCAACAUCUGCUGCUGCUGCUGCUGCUGCAGCAGCAGCAGCAGAUGGAUCACAGCAGAAUAUAUUACGACGUGGUAGUAGCAGUAGUAGUAGCAGCAGCAACAGCAGCAGCAACACACGCAGCAGCAGCAGCAGCAGACGCAGCAAAAAAAAUCUUAUUAGGCACUAUAGUGCCCCUAUUAAGACACAAGAAGAAUUAAGUGUGGGGCCCCUAAGGGUAUCCUUAACCUGUGAUGGGGUGUAUGACCACCUCAGCAGCAGCAGCAGCAGCAAGAAGCAGCAGCAGCAGCAGCAGCAGCAGCAAGAGCUGCAGCUGCACCAGCAAGGGAAGUUGAUGGGCCAGCAGGAAGAAGCAAAUGGAGUUCAACAUGCUGAAGGAGGAGCAGCAGGAGCAACUGGUGCUGCACCUGCUGCUGCUGCUGCUGCUGCACCUGUUGCUGCUGCUGCUGCUGCUCCUGUUGUUACUGUUGUUGCUCCUCCUGGCUCUUCUAAGAAAUAUACAGCAGCAGCAGCAGCAGCAGCAAAUCAAAAUAGUCCUCCCCGUCUAUCAUGGGCUUUUCCUUUAGAGCCACGAAUGCGGCAGCAGCAGCUGCAGCAGCUGCAGCAGCAGCAGCAGCAGGAGCAGCAACAGGAGCAGCAACAGGAGCAGCAACAGGAGCAGCAGCAGCAGCAGCAACUACAGCACCACCAUGGGGGUACCAUCAGGGCAAGUAUUAUGAAUGCUCGUUUUGCAGCAGCAGAGACACUUGCUGCUGGUGAAUCUCCAGCAGCAGCAGCAGCAGCAGCGGCAGUACCGAUACCAGCAACAGUAGGAGUAGUAACAACAGCAGCAGCAACAGCAGCAGCAGCAGCAGCAGCAGCAAGGGAAUUAGCAGCAGAGGAGACUACACCUAGUAAGCAACGCCAUCAUCAACAAAGCCCUGUAGGGGGCCCCUCCCCUCGUAGGCGCAGCACAAGUCUUGCUGCAGCAGCAACAGCAGCAGCAUCAGCAGCAGCAGCAGCAGCAGCAAGUAGCUCACGCUUUUCCUUUGCCCUUCCAGCUGAUAGAUGGAAGCACGAGCAGCAGUGCAUGCAUAUGCAGCAGCAGCAGCAGCAGCAGCAGCAAGCAUAUCACAUGCCCCAUCCACGCUACCAACAGCAGCAACAGCAGCAGCAGCAGCAACAGCAGCAGCAGCAGCAACAGCAGCAGGAUGGCUGCGUGGUCUAUGGAGCCCCUAGCAGCAGCGGAGGUCCUCUUAGCUCGCGUAUAGUAACACCAGCAGGUCCACACAGCGGCAGCGGCAGUGGCAGUGGCAGUGGCAGCAGCAGCAGCAGCAGCAGCAGCAGCAGCAGCACGGGCUGCAGCAGCGGGAGGAUCAGCAGCAAGAUAAUAAAUUGGAUAAAAUCACAAGCAAGGGCUUUCCUUGAUAAAGCAUUACUAGGAAUUGAAUUGCUUAGGUACCAACAGCAACAGUAUUAUUAUCUUUUGCAGUAA